UCGCUCUCCUCGUCCCUCCGCUAUGCCCUUCAGCCGGUAGCUACGUAGAGGUAGGUAUAUAAUAUCUGGCAAAAUCCUCUCCCCUUCCGCCACUCUCGUGCUUCCGUCCGCUUGCUACUCCGCCUCAGACGCGCUGCCCCCCGUCCAUUUCUUCCACACGGCAGCACAAGCCUGGGAUAGCAACAGCUUCACCCGCACUCCUACCCACAGAGCGAGAGAGAAAAAAAGACAACUCGAAGAUGGCUGGAGGUGUUGUUGCGGGAACCACCGACAUCUCUCGUGUCGAGGCGCCCGUCACCGUCAAGGCCUACUUAAUUUGCGCCUUCGCCGCCUUCGGCGGUAUCUUCUUCGGCUAUGACACCGGUUGGAUGGGUGGCGUGCUAGCCAUGCCUUACUUCAUCUCCCUGUACACCGGCAUCCCCUACGACUACUAUGUGGUGAAUGCCGACGGCACGAUCGGUGGCCCCAUCGGCGCUUCCAAGGAGGAAUUCGUGCUACCCUCGGCGACCCAAUCUCUCUUCACGUCGAUCCUGUCCUGCGGCACCUUCUUCGGUGCUCUGGUCGGUGGUGACAUCGCUGACUUCGUCGGCCGACGUCCCACUAUCAUCCUCGGUUGCCUUGUCUUCUGUGUCGGUUGCAUCAUGCAGAUUUCCAGCACGAACCAAGAGGUCCUGUUCGUCUUUGGUCGUCUGAUCGCCGGUGGCGGCGUCGGCUUCAUCUCUGCCGUUGUCAUUCUAUACAUGUCCGAGAUUGCGCCCAAGAAGGUUCGUGGCGCCAUGGUCUCCGGCUACCAGUUCUGCAUCACCGUCGGUAUUCUGCUGGCCAACUGCGUCGUCUACGCCACCCAGGCCCGCCCCGACUCUGGCUCGUACAGGAUUCCCAUCGGCAUACAGUUCCUGUGGGCUAUCAUUCUAGGCAUUGGCCUCUUUAUCCUUCCCGAAUCUCCGCGCUACUUCGUUAAGAAGGGCAAGAUCGAGCAGGCCGCCAAAGCUCUCGCCUUCGUCCGCGGCCAGCCUCUAGAAUCUGACUACAUCAAGGACGAGUUGGCCGAAAUCGUAGCCAACAACGAGUACGAGAUGCAGAAUAUCCCUCAGACCAGCUAUGUCGGUUCUUGGACCGCGUGCUUUAAGGGAUCGAUUUUCCAGGGCAACAGCAGCAUCCGACGAACCAUUCUCGGCGCCGGUCUGCAGUGCAUGCAGCAGUGUACCGGUAUUAACUUCGUCUUCUACUUCGGCCCGCCCUUCUUCAAGCAGCUCGGAACCAUCUCCGACCCCUUCCUCAUCUCGCUGGUUACGACCCUAGUUAACGUGCUAUCGACCCCUAUCUCGUUCUAUACCAUCGAGAAGUUCGGUCGCCGCGCCCUUCUCCUAACUGGCGCCACCGGUAUGAUCGUCUCGCAAUUUAUCGUCGGAGCCAUCGGCGUUACCGAAGGAAGGGUGGAGGUCGGCAACAACGCGGCCGUGCAGGCUAUGAUCGCCUUCAUCUGCAUCAACAUCUCCUUCUUCGCCACCACGUGGGGCCCUACCGCCUGGGUCGUCGUAGGUGAGGCGUUCCCUCUUCCCAUCCGAUCGCGCGGUGUCGGCAUCUCCACGGCCUCUAACUGGUUCUGGAACACCAUCAUCGCCGUCAUCACUCCCUACCUCGUCGGUGCGGACGAGGCCAACCUCGGGCCCAAGGUGUUCUUCCUGUGGGGUUCUCUGUGCUGCCUGUCACUGACAUUCGCCUACUUCCUGGUUCCUGAACUGAGGGGCCUCUCCCUCGAGCAGGCCGAUAUGUGUAUGCAAGAAGUCAGCCCUCGCGAGUCGGCCAAGUGGAAGCCGAGCCACACGUACGCGUCCGAAAGGCACCACGUCGAGGACGGCGCCGGUCUGGUUGGCCAGACUAUCGAGGAAAAGGUUUAAGGAAGACCUCUCCCAGACGGUCCUGUCUGGUCUCCAUGUCGGGAUCGGGGAUGCGCGGAUGUGCGCUAGACAAGCAUUGUUUAGACGAUACCUAUAAAUUAGAAAAACGCAGAGCCCGCGACGACUGGUCGCAGCUCGUACCUACUGUAAUUAACCAGAUGAUACCUCAAGAAAUGUCACUACAUAUUU